AGAAAUAACAGCAUUUACAUUUGAACGAUUCUCAUAUUAACAACAUAAGCAUUAAAAAUUAGAAGAUAUUAGAAAUUAGUUCAAGUAAAAAAUGGCAGAAGAUCUUUACAUGGAUUUUGAUAGUGACUUGGCUUUUCACUUGGACCUGGAUUUGGAUACAGACUUCAAUUUUGAUGUGGAUAUGGGAUUCUAUGAAGACACAGCAGAGAGAGAACGUGAGGAUAUUAUAAAACGUGACAUGCAGCACAGCUCUUCGAAACCACUGCUUCACUAUCAUCUCUUCGUCUACCGAAAGGAGCUUAGACGGCGUAAAAUGAAUCUUUUGCAUCUAACGAAGACGAAAAUUGAUCUCACCGCAGGACUGCUAAUAAACUGUGAAGGUAAAAUAUGUGAUUUUUCGCCCCAAGAUGUCGACGCCUUCACACGGCAGGUGGAUUUCAAGAAUCGCUUGGUGCAGCAGCAUGGCUUACUACACACCGACAUCAACGAUAGGGACAGUUAGAAGAUUGAAAAAUUUGUUCUGUGAUUAAUUGUAGUUAUUUAGAGAAGUGUUUAUUAAGUUGUAAAAUGAAAUUAUAUUAUAAAUAUCACUUUUGUAAGAAUGAAAUACAAAAUUAAAAUUCAA